UUCCCUCCCUCCCUUCUACUUUCCCUCCCUCCCUCACUCCCUCCCUCCUUCCCUCUCUCCCUCCCUCUCCAUCCCUUCUCCUUCCCUCCUUACCUCCCUCCCUCCCUUCUCAUUAUUCCCUUUAUUGGCAUUUUUCCAUCCCUCCAUAAUUCCCUUUAAAAAAAUUUUUGUUUGUCUAAAAUGAAGGUUUUUGCUUUUAAAUAUGCUCCCGUUUUUGUCUGCCUUCUAGCUCUAUUUAUAAUUUGUGAGAUUGUAAAUUAUUCUGAAGGAUUUCCAACGGGAACAUUGUUUCGAGAGAAACGGGCCAAUGGUGGAAACGGAAAGUCUUUAUCCAAGCAGGAGAAUAAGCUUGGAGGUAAAAAGAAAUCCUUCAAGAAAAAUGGAAGUGGCGGGAUUGUUGGAACACUUAAAAAUGCGAAGAAAAGUUUAGAUAACAAGAGUAUUAGUGGAACAACGGCUAUAGGAGUAGCAUUGGCAGGUGUAGCCGCUGGAACGCUUGUUGGGACGGUGGGUGGUAGAGUUAUAGAAAAGAACCAGCAAGAAGCUGUUCAACAAUUUCAACAAUAUAAUGGUGGUGGAUUUGUUCCUAAUUAUCCGCUACCUGCAAUUAUGCCGCAACAAUUUAUGCCCCCGAUGAUACCUUCUUACUAA